GUGUGUUUGGUGAUGGGGGACUUACGGGUCCUGGUGGAGGACCUGCUGGAUCUGGCCCAGCAGCAGCAGGUCAUGAUGGAGACCAUGUCUCUGGAGCGAGAGUUUCUGGAGGUGCUGAGGAACUUCGAGGCUGUGAGGAGGACCUGGCAACACGCCGAGGUGGAGCUGAAGAACUACAAGGAGCUGCUGGUGAAGUCCGACGUGGCUAAAGCUGCUCUGGAGAUCAAACUGAAGCACGCUCGCAACCAGCUGGACGUGGAGAUGAAGAAACGACCCGGCAGAUGACGCUCAUAUGCGACAUCCUGGUCCACGACAGUAAAUCCAGCGCCUGUCUGAACGACGAGCAGAAAUCUCUUUUAGCCACGUUCGAUCGCAGAGCAGCCAACAUGACGCUGCACAAGAGCAGCAGGAGGUUGUCAGUUAUUGAUGAGUCAUCCUUCCUGACCUACUCUGACAUCAGCUACGACUGCACCGACGAUGACCUGGACUUGGACACCACCAUGAUCAAACCUCUGAGGUCUCGAGCCAGAGAGAGGAGG